GAGGAGGAGGAGGAGGAGGAGGAAGGGGGAGGCGGCGGUGCGGCGCGGUGCACGCCGCGCUCCCAGCACAAAAGCCCGGGCGAAGAAACUCUUGGAAAGCGGCGAGCCGGAGCCGGGGCGGCCGGGCGCUGCGGGCUGCUCCGCGCCACUGGAUACGUUUUUGCAACUGCGAAGGAAUUAAAUCCGAUUUUAGAGGCACACAAGGAGGAAGGAGAAAAAAAAAAAGUAAAGGAAUAUGAUUGCUCCGUGGUUGACUUUCGCCUUUCUUUGGGGAACUUUCUGCGCAGGACCAGGACAUGGGGAGGCAGAGACAAGGGAAUGCAUCUACUACAAUGCCAACUGGGAGCUGGAAAAGACGAACCAGAGCGGCGUGGAGCGCUGCGAAGGGGAGAAGGACAAGCGGCUCCACUGCUACGCCUCUUGGAGGAACAAUUCGGGCUCCAUUGAGCUGGUGAAGAAAGGCUGCUGGUUAGAUGACUUCAACUGUUAUGACAGGCAGGAAUGUGUAGCCACGGAAGAAAACCCGCAAGUGUUUUUCUGCUGCUGUGAGGGCAACUAUUGCAAUGAGAAAUUCACCCAUUUACCUGAAGUUACUGGUCCGGAAGUCAUAUACGAGCCACCACCACCAACGCCCUCCCUGCUCAACAUCCUGGUUUACUCUCUGCUUCCCAUCGCUGUCCUGUCGAUGGCCAUUCUCUUGGCCUUCUGGAUGUACCGUCACCGCAAGCCUCCCUACGGGCACGUGGACAUCAAUGAGGAUCCUGGGCCACCACCCCCUUCUCCACUGGUUGGCCUUAAGCCUUUGCAGCUCUUGGAGAUCAAAGCGAGGGGCCGUUUCGGCUGCGUCUGGAAAGCUCAGCUGAUGAAUGACUACGUAGCAGUGAAAAUCUUUCCAAUUCAGGAUAAGCAAUCUUGGCAGAGCGAGAGAGAGAUUUUCAAUACCCCUGGCAUGAAGCAUGAAAACCUUUUGCAGUUUAUUGCAGCAGAGAAAAGAGGGACGAACCUAGAGACAGAACUGUGGCUGAUCACAGCUUUCCACGACAAGGGCUCUCUGACGGAUUACCUGAAGGGGAAUAUUAUCAGCUGGAAUGAGCUCUGCCAUGUUGCAGAAACGAUGGCCCGUGGAUUGUCCUACCUACACGAAGAUGUCCCUUGGUGCAAGGGUGAAGGACACAAACCUGCUAUAGCACACAGGGACUUCAAGAGUAAAAAUGUCUUGCUGAAGAAUGAUUUGACGGCAGUUCUAGCUGAUUUUGGACUCGCUGUACGGUUCGAACCUGGAAAACCUCCAGGGGACACUCACGGACAGGUGGGAACAAGGAGGUAUAUGGCUCCUGAAGUGUUAGAGGGAGCAAUCAACUUCCAACGAGACGCCUUCCUGAGAAUAGACAUGUAUGCAAUGGGACUGGUGUUGUGGGAAUUAGUCUCCAGAUGUAGAGCAGUUGAUGGUCCAGUGGAUGAAUAUAUGCUGCCUUUUGAAGAAGAAAUAGGUCAGCACCCAUCCCUGGAGGACCUGCAGGAAGUGGUGGUUCAUAAGAAGAUGCGCCCCGUGUUCAAGGAUCACUGGCUGAAACACCCUGGCUUGGCGCAGCUCUGCGUGACUAUCGAAGAGUGCUGGGACCACGACGCGGAGGCUCGGCUCUCGGCGGGCUGUGUCGAGGAGCGCAUUUCGCAAAUCCGCAAAUCCGUAAACGGCACUACCUCGGACUGCCUCGUCUCCAUCGUGACGUCCGUCACCAACGUGGACUUGCCGCCCAAAGAGUCUAGUAUCUAAGUCCUGGUUCACUUUUGUCUUUCCAGACUCAGUGGAUUUAAAAAAAAAAAAAAAGAAAAAGAAAAAAGUUAAAAAACACAAAAAACACAAAAACAAAAAUCCAACAAACACAUGAAUGCAGCUGCUAUUUUAUCUUGACUUUUUAUUAUUAUUGUUAUUAUUAUUAUUAUUAUUUUUUUUGGAUUGGAUCAAUUUUACCAGCACAUUGCUCUACUGUAUUAAAAAAUGGACAUUUCAGCAAGCAUUCAGGUGCCGACUAAUGAAUGCAGAAAAGGUGCAGGUACCUCAGAACCUCAACAAACUCACUUCAGUUUUUUUUUUUUUUUUAAUUCAGUUUUCUCGGUUUCUCUUUAUUGGUCUGUCUUCUAAGCAGAGCAUCCGUGACAUAAAGGAAAACCACCUACCAUCUUAGAAAACGCAAUGCUGCAAACUUUGGAGGAAACUUAAGACUGUUACAUAAGAUUACACCUUCCUCAAAAGGAUUUUUCCCCCCAUUUUGGUUUGUUUGGGGGGUUGGUUUUUUCCUUUUUUUUUUUUUUUUUUUUUUAAAGAAGUGAGCUUCAAAAAAAAACAGCAGAUGUGUCUUUUACGGAUCUAACGGGUGUCAUUGUAACAUGGAAAAAAAGUAACCGGGCGGAGAAUGUUAAUUCUUUGAUGGUAGGAUUGAAGGGGGGAGCUUAGCGUAGGGGUGGGGAGAGUGACGUUGGACUUGGCAGCAUUUGGAGAAACAUCAUUUGCUAUGGAGCUACUUCUCAGGUAACCAUUAGAUGAGGGGAAGGACAUUUCUGGGCAGAGUAUUAAUGGCUGCAGCGUAUGGAGAAAGCCGAGUUGAAGAGCCCGAGGUCAUGAGCAAGGCACGGGGUCCGUAGCUCAGGCUCGGGUGGUGAAAGGACAAAGCAGAACUGUCGUUACUUUUAUUUCUCGACUCUAGGUAGUAAUGGGGAGGAUGCUUUUAAGCAGCGCGAUUGAAGGAGUUUGGAAAGCGUGUUCUCAGAAGCGCUUGGGCAAAACACGGCAGGAUUGCAAACUUUUUGCAUCUUGCUUGAAAUGGGAAUCAGUUCGGGAAAUUUGGCCGUGGGGUUGAUUAGCUGUCAGCCCAAGCUACCAGUGCAGACGGGGAAAAAAAAUAAGUGUGAAAACCAGCUCUAUUAAAUCUUGGGUUGGUUGCUUUUUUUUUCUUUUUUGCUUUGAUUUGAAGGAGGAGGGUGGAAGUCACCUGAACCAGUGGCAGGUGCCUCCUGUAGCAUCCGCGAGCCCGUGUCCCGGCAGCUGCAGCACAGCUGGGGAGGGAACCGAGCAGCAGCCAUGUUUCCUACAGCAUCCUUUAAACUGGUUUCUUUAACGCUGCUUUCUCCUUACUCUGUGACUAAACUCUUUCGUCUUAGAGUGGUGCAUAUUCGAAAAUACCGUUACUCUAUUAUGCCAUAAACUUGCUCUAGUCAGUGAAUGUUCCUAAUGCUGCUGAUUCAACAUUUAAAUAUUUUUUUAAUUUGCAAAACAUGCAAUGUUUAAAAAAAAAAACAAAACAAAAAAUACACACACACACACACGCACACACACACACACACGUUACGUGGCUUCCGAGGUUUAAACUGAAAAAAAAAAUUAAAAACUUCAUGACCACAGACCACCUCAAACCAGAAAUACCUCAGAAUUUUCUACUUGUAUGAGUUUUAUUAUAUAUUUUGUUAGUUGUGUUGUCUUGUAGUAAGUAUAUUUUAAUGUAAGUUGGCUUUUAUGACAAGGGAGUUUUAAAAAAAGAAAAAAAAGAAAAAAAGUUCCAAAAUCUUUUAGGAAGUGCUACCAUUUUUUUUUGUUUUAUAAAGCACCAUUGUAAAUAACUGUAUACAGUUGUAGAAUAACUGCCUGUAUAAGGUACCUGGGCAUUAUUCACUCUUAUUUGUGAAGGCUGUUUCCAUUCUGUGUUUUUUAUUUUUAGUUUUUGGUCUGUUUUAGUGAAAGGACAGUACAUCUUUUUAUUUCUUUUUGGUUUUUUUUUUUUGGACUUUGACUAUAACAUGAAUUCUGUGUCUUGGUAGACUAAUGAAGUUAUGCCCUUUGGAUUGCCAGGACUUCUAAAUUUUUUAUGUUAAGCUAAAAUGCAGUCCUGAACUAAGCAUCCUAUAACAAAAAUGUUAAAAGUCUGUAUUAUAUAAUCAAAUUGGACUCCUUGUCGCUGUCAAAUUGUCAGUGUGUGCCCUUGCACAGAUGUAAUUUAUUAAGCAAGCAAAAUUACUAAUUGGAGAAAAUAUUUAAAAAUUGAAAUAUAUUUCUUGCAAAGUGUAGCUUUAAAACCUAGAGUUCGCAAAUGAGGACAUGGUCCUUUAUCUUGAAGAGACAUUAAGAUAAUUGCCUUAAUUUGUCUAUCUGAAUAAAGUCUUAAACUAUUCUUUCAAGUUACUGAAUGUAUAUUGCAUAUUAGUAUGUACACACAUGUAAUUGUAUUUUUGUGUGUAGGUUUGGAAGUUUCUGUUUCUUAAUGUGAUUCUGUUCAGAAAACCUUGUCAAAAACCAGACAAAACGAUACCAUUCUGACCCGGCUGAUGUCCCUGCUCGGGGUUGACAUCUUCGGUUCUGAUGCUGCAACAUACCUAUGCUUAACAUUAAGCGUGCAGGUAGCUCUUCGGAUGUCAUGACACUAGUCGCUUGCCUAAUGUUAAGCAUAGCCGUAAAUGUUAGCAGGAUCACUGUUUUUCCUUGAUCUUCUAAUACGUUUCUGCACUGAGAUUUAUAUAAAAAUGUGACUAUGUUUUGGAAGUGAAGUGAUGUAAGGGUUGGGGUGGAGUCUAGAGCAGAAUUAAGAUUGAGUGAAUACUUGUUUCUAGGUGUGUUUGCUCCCCUUUCCCAGAAAUGGGAGCCAGUUCGUAUUGCUGCAGAAAGAAAAAAGCUGUACUGUCUUUGAACUGUUGUUACCUGUUUGCUGUUCUGGAUUUUUUUCCUUCAGCAUUAUAUAUAAUGGCUAAAACAGGCUUAUUACAGCAGUUGCUUUUUUAUCCUGAUUUCUUUAAGAAGCUUUAAGUAUUUAUUGAAAGUGCCAUAUGAUUUUAAUAGCCUAUUGGGCAGUCUCUUAAAUCUUCUCUCUUGAGAAAGCAUAGACAAAAAUUCUCACAUGUAGCUUAUCUUACUGCCAGGAACUGUAAGAACCUACAAAUUUUGACUAAAAGUUGAUUGUAAAGUAUUACCAUCUUCCCUGGUGUAAUGGUUCCUUAUAGAUCAUCUUGUCAGCAUGAUUUAGAAAUGGAUUUUAAAAAGAAUUUCCAAAAUGCAUGUGUACUCAGUUGCAAAUUUUAAAGGUAUCUUGCUAUCGCAGCAGCGAAGGAAAUCCUGAACUCAUGUCUAUUUAAAAAUUUGUACCAGUUUAACUAAAGCUCUCUUUUUUUUAACUGGUAUUUAUUUUAUUAACGCAGACAAGCUCUGAUGAAGUUAUUGGUCUUUAGACACUUGUGCUGUCAAGCGAGUUGUUCCCUCACCGCAAAUGUAGCAUUUGAAUUCUCAUUGACAACAUCGUUUUGGUUUUGUUCAGCAUCGUAGAGGCUUUCUCGAAGUCGGCAAUAAGGCAUGUCCACAGGUGUAGCUGGAAGGAGCGAUUUUGACUCUUUUCCUCUUAACACUCCCUUGAAUGUGAUGGGCGCAACGUAUUUUACUUCCUAAGCACUAAAUUUCACAUUCAGGCUCGGAGGAAGUAGCUUUUCAAAAACGUCGUGGCAGAAUUUUAUUGUUGACCUUCCUCUCUUAGAUGGCAAUUCCUAGGUAUAUAUUAGUCUUGAAUAUCAGGGUGGCUCUGUGACUUCAGGAGCCAGGAUGCCCCGCUCUCUGGUGUAUCUCCCUUUAUGCACUGGCUGAGCGGGUUUCCUAGGGGUAGGAAUUUUGAGCUCAUGUUUGGAGACUGGAAAUACCGCAGGAGCUAAAAUUGCUUUUUUGAGGCCAUAGAGCUGUGACUUGCUUAAUGCAGUUAUGUUAGUACAGCAAAGCUAGAAACUGUAUAUGGCUCCCGUUGAAAUAUAGGUGCCUUUUAUAAGAAAAGGCUAUAAACCAGUCAUUGUUAAGUGGCACCUGGCUUAUUCGUUUUGAUUAAGGAUUUUAUCUAGUCCUGAUCAUAAAGUUUUCUCUAUUUAAGUCAAAAGAAACGCACGUUCUUUUUGUGCCUCAUAUUCUUUAGCUGAAAUUCUGUUACAGAAUAAAAUAUGCUAGAUAAAAGUUACACCUAUGGAAAUGCCAAGAUCAUUGCGUAUAUGUUUGCUUCAAAGAGAAGGUACAUGAGUGCCCACCAGUAGCUCGACUGCAGUUACUUGGGUGUCCUGGCUCAAUCUUGUCUCCACUGGAGCUGUUCUUUCCAGUGGAAGCAGUUUUGGGUCCAUUCAGUGUAAAGCUGCUGGUGGGUAUUUCCAAGUUGGUAGGGUCAGGCCUUUGCCAUUAGGAAUAUUGAUCCCCCUUAAGAUCUCAGCAUAGAAACCGAAGAACACCCAUUGAAUUCCUCUUGUGCUAGUUUCUAGGCAGACUGUCAGAACUUUCCCUGCUUGGCAGGAGAACGGUCUGGGUUUUGCUUAGUAUGGAAGAAAGUCUUUUAUUGCAGAGGCGGUUGCGACAGUGCUGUUGUUGCGGUCCUCUUCAAGCCACACUCCGCUUAAGAAGUUGCUAAGCAGGAAGCGUCCCGCUAACUAUAUCACUUUUACAUACAGAAUAUUGUUUGGUAACAUUGUAAAUAAAAAUAGACUAUAUAAUAGAGGAAAAUAAGGACAUUUGACUUUUUUACUUUUGGAAAAAAUAUAUAUAUUUUAGUUACAUAUACAAACAGAAAUUCUACAUUGUGUGAGAAUUCUUUUAUACCACAAAUUAUUUUUGUAAUGUCUAAUAUGUUUCUGCAGGGAAAAGGGAGAAAGGUCUGUGUACGCACAGCAAAAAGAUAAAUAUAUAUAUAUAUAAUGUUUAAGUUAAGUGUGCACUAAAUCGAAGUAUAGAGGAUAGAACAAGUUUAGCCUGAAACCAGUUUGAGAAGCAAGUUUGGAUGUACUUGGGCAUGCUCUGAGGAUGGCACUGAGUAGAUGUUUAAUAGGUUAUCUUGCAUGUCACAUCCUUUCUGCUAAAGAUGCUUAUUGCUUUUCUGUGACCAUCUUCAGCUUAACCAGGAGGAGGUUUUUUUCAUGUAUCCACGCAGAAAUCCAUGUGUGAGCAGUGUGUCUUUUGACAUACGCUGCGAUGCUGCAGUGAGCUGUGAAGUCAGUGUGUGGAGAGUUUACUGAGACCAAAUAACUGGGCUGAUCUAGCUCGCUGCCGUAUCCGUUAGCAGCAGCUGCGCCUGCGGCAUUGACAAUAUGAUCUGUAAGGAGCUGUUGCCAGAGGAAUCCUGAUAAAAACCAAUUCCUAGAAGUUCCUUGUUUCUGAAGUGACGCAGAUAAUCAGACUUCACCAGAACGCGCGGACACGUGCUCUGUGUUUCCAACGUUGGAUUUGACCGUCUGGGUCAGAGGCACUAAAGAAAAGGAGCACUGUCAUGUUCAAAGUCUUACUUCAAAAAAGAGCAUUCUUAAUUUGUCUAACUAAUCCAAAGUAUUCUGCAAAUAUUAAAGAAAAAAAAAGCUUAAAAUGAGUUCUCUUCACUUAGGCUAGCUUUGCCCAUUGGACCUAAAAUGCAUUCUGUUUUUUUGGUUCUCUUUACCUCGAUAGCACGGUGCCAGUGGGGUAAAAGCUACUGAAAAUAGCUUAAAACCAAACAAUAAAUUUUGAGAGAUUGAAGCAGUUUGACAGUGUGCCUUUUGAAAUUAGUGCUUGAACGAUGCAGAGCAGUCUCCUGCGAUUGCCGAAUCCUGCUUCUGCGUCCUCGGCGAGGUCCUGGCCCCGCGGGCGCUGGGGAGACCUGCCGGCUACUUCGGAGGGACCCCGAGUGCGCAGGUGCUCCUGGAGCACUUCCUAAACACACCUGCUCAGUACCUUCACUUACUUACAUGGGACUUCUUUUUCUAAAACUCUGGUUUUAGGGUGAAACUCUGUUCCCUUACUGAAGUAAUAACCUGUUGAAUAAGCAGUAAUCCUUUUUGCCGGGACGCUUCCACAGAAAGAGAUUGUACUUACGUCCAUCCAGCUGUUCUGAAAUGUAACGCUAUUCUGUUGUGCCUUUAUUUUUCCAUGUAAAAGCAACUGCUGUAAACUUUUCUUUUUUUCCUUUCACUAGUUUUUUCUGUCUGAAAAAAACACUUUUCAUUGCCCAGCUGUUAUUUCUGGAUGCAGUCUGUGAUCCAGGUAUUUCAAGAACCAAUUACCUCAACCUCAUGUUAAACAGUGUUGCUAUCUGGAUUCUCCUUGAUACUACAAUAUUGUAACACACACAAACAGGAACCUUGCUAUAUAUGGGUGUUUAUAUAUAUAUAUGUAUAUAUAUAUGUGUGUGUAUAUAUAUUAUAUAUAUAUAUAAAUGGAAAGUGAUCCCCAAGGACUGAAGGAAAAAAGCAAACUUUUUUGUUUUCCAACAUUGAAACCAAAAGGGCUUCUCUGAAGCUCUAUAAUGGCAUUGUGCUGGAUAUAUAUAUAUAGACAUAUAUAUAUCAAGAGAGUGUUUUUUGAAAAGUGCUUCCUUUGUUAGCCUUUUUAUUUCAGUAUUUGAAUGAGACAGAUGAUGUGAUUAAAACACUGUUUCUGCAUUUUUGGGCCCAUUUUGAAGCAGAGGCCUCUUACUCUUUCCAGUUGUUUAAAAAAACAAAAACUCAGUGUAUAACAUUCCAGUAGGGUUAUUAUUGCAGAACCUUAGCAUAUUCUGGGAAGAUUUCAUUAGCUUUUGUUUUUGCGACAAGGAAAGCAUUGGCCAUACUUUAUUGAACUUUUCUACUAUCUUAAGGAACUAAAGUUUAACCAGUAACCAUCCUUGUCAAUUAAAAUCCUAAUUCAGUAGUCACUGGCAUCUCUGGAUUGCCACCCCUGUUAAAAAAAAAAAGAAAACAAAAAACAAAAGCAAAAACCCAAACAUGACUGAGGAAGAGGAGGAGGAAGUUGGAGCGUUUCAUAGCCCUGAACACAGUGUAAACACCUGAACAACUUUCUGGAUAGCAGAAAACAUGUUGACAAGGCCUGUAACAUAUCUGGCCCGUUUUCCAACUGCCUUCUCCUUUCCAAAUUCCUGGAGUUUUUGUUGUUGUUUUUAUUUAUCCAUAUAGCUGAUGCAACGGUACAGUAUGCAUUUUACUUGGACAAAGUUGUAACUCACCAAUCCAAAUAGUAAUUAAUUUAAAGGAAGAAAAGAUAAUAUUUUUCUUCCCCAUUUUUUUCCACAAGUGUCCAAUGUUUCUAUGGCUAUUGAUGGUUGAUGAUUAUCUUUGGUAAAUCACUUUAGAGAAGUAUUAAAAUCUCCCAGAAGGAGGCAUUUUGCAAUGCUGCUGGCCUUCCAAUGGAAUAACUAUGAUGCAAAAGUAGAUCUGUGGGUGGAACAGAAUUAAGGGAGGUGGUUACUGCAAACUAAGUAACAUUCUUGACCUCAAUUCUAUGCCAUAAGUCCGCACAAUGCCAUUGUCAAUCUGCUCAAACUAUCUGCUUAUGAAUUCUGCAUGAUCCUCAUGAUAGAGUUGAAAGCCUGAUCUUUCACCUGUUAAUAUUUUCACAUACGUCCUUAAGUUUGACAAAUUUUAUACUGUAAAGUUGACCUAAGUACAGUUUGAUGUCAAUUCUUGUGGAAAGAGCUUUCUGCAUGUAACAUUAGACGCAUACAGUUAAACAACACAGCAUAGUAUGAAACUCACAAGAAAAUGUUUUGGCACCAGCAGAAAGAAAUCUCACCCUAGCCAUUUGUCAUUUUAAACCAUCAUAUUGUAAGUUUUACCAGCUACUUCUAAAUUUGUGCUUUAUUUAAAGAAAUAAAAUAAAAAUCCUAAGACUUGUCUAGCGUAGUGAAAUAUGUGUAUAUCAGUUUUAGGAUAAAUAGCUAAGUCUUAUUACGCUGUGUUACUUAACUUGUAUAUAUAGAGUAUACAUAAGAGUUUGCAGUAACCUGUUUCUCCAGGAUUUCCAGUUUGAAUGGAUUUAAACUCAAACUAUGAGAUUAAGUAAAUGAUUUAGAAGAUUGCAGAAGUAAGUGUAAAUUACAGGAAGCUCUAUCAGAUGGUGAAAUAAUUUUUAAAGAGUCUUUUGGUCCUUGGCUCAAAUUCAAUAAGUACUGUUUGUAUACCAAGAUAUGUGAAAUGUAAAUGUUGUAGGUUAUAUUUCACUCUUGUAGCUAUAAAAAUGUAGAACAGAGAUAGCUUGUACUACUGAGUUAACAAAAGUUAUACUAAAGUAUCCUGUUAAAGAAAAAGUAUACAGAGAGUUAAGCUCGUUGCUGUAACCCCUUUUGGAUUGAAGUGUGCUGAUUUUUUUUUAAAUAUAUAUAUAAUAUAUAUAUACACACACGUGUAUGUAUAUAUAUAUACACACACACACACAUACAUAUAUAAAAUGGCCUAAUGCAGACAUCCAUUGUAUUGCAGUUAUGAAAUGAAGACAUUUUGGAAAGAACAUUGUAUCAUAGUUCAUGAAUUUGCAGUGGAUCUUUGUUCCUUUUUACUGUGGUAUUUUAGAAAUGAGUCUCAAGUUUGAAAUUAGAUCUGCCAAGUUGGAGUUUUGCUGCUUCAGCUUUGCACUGGGUGUCCGAAUAAACCAGUAUGAAUGUAGUAUUUGCCCUGUGUGAAGCAGCGACACCCCGACAGAUAGGAGGAAAAAAAACUAGAAAGAACUAUUUCAAGUUUAUCUUUUUGUAUAUGAAAAUAAACAAUAAAUUACAAAUAAUCGUU